CCCCUUGCCUGCGAGCCGGCAGAUCCGGGUCUUGCAGUGUUGCCUGCUAGACUGACGUGGUCGACGGAAUCAAAACACCAGACGAAAGACAGAGUCACUCCGCAGCUGCGCUGGCUGGCGUCUUGGGGCUUCGCCUCUUGUCUCCAGAUCCGAGCAAACCCGGUGUUCGUUAUCAAGGACCGGUUUUAGCUUCAUCUGAACAGCCAUGGCAGAAGGUGGAUUUGAUCCCUGCGAGUGUAUCUGCUCGCAUGAACAUGCCAUGAGGAGGCUGAUCAAUCUGUUACGGCAAUCCCAAUCCUACUGCACAGACACGGAAUGCCUUCAGGAACUGCCAGGACCCAAUCCGUCUGCUGAUAAUGACAUCAGUGUGACAAUGAUAAUGGUGGGAUGGCUUGUUCUGGCACUGGUACUGUUCUUGAUGAGACCUGCUAACCUAAGAAGACCUUUUACAGCUGAAAAACCAUCCAGCCCACAUAAUGGACAAGAACCACCAGCUCCACCCGUGGACUAGACCAUACUGGAGGAAGCUCAGCGACUGUAACAUUGCACGACCAAAAGAACGAACGUGACCAGAAUACUCCUCUAUGUUGCUCACAAUACUGUUCUGCUCCAUACAUUUAAAAUUCUUUUGCACCCCCUCCCAUUAUAUAUUUGAAUAAGUUAACAUAUGUGGCAUUUUUGCUGGUGUUCAUUGGACUCCAGGCAUUGCACUUUGCAAUAAUAUCCAAAAGAAAAUUAAAGCCUACUUGUCAUUUUUCAAACAAAUUGUUCUUUCCCUGCAUAUGGCAAAAAUGCACACAGUCCACCAACAAUGUCUCUGUGAUCUAUGUACAUUUAUGGGGUGGAGGGAACUGCACAGAAGUUCCCAUUGAAUGUGCCAUUAUCUAUAGAGUUGUUGUAGAACAGGGGUGGCUAAUCUGGGCUCCUCUUAAUAUUGCUGGACUAAAACUCCCAUCAUUUCCAAUCCAUGGCCAACGGUCAGGGAUGGUGUAAAUUAUUGUCUGGCAACAUCCAACUGGCCACACGUUAGCCUCCCCAAUUUAGAAGAACCCAAAUUGUAUCUCAUCAAUACAACUUUGGAUUUACUUUGUGCCUGCGAACUAGAAUAGUUUCACAGGGAUUCUGUCUACUAUUUAUAUCUGUGUUCAUGUUGUCCAAAGUACAUCCUUCUCUAAAAUGAGGCCAAAUUAAUUGUAUUUAUUGGAAGCAAGCAAAUAAAUUUAGUGUUGUAUUAAGGUAACUAAAGAGUGCAUAACUAAAUGUUACAUUUGAAACUAGGAAUAUUUACAAAUACUAUAAUAAAAGUAGUUAUCUGUAUACUUCUCUGUAAUGGAUAUUACAGUCCAUAUCCAGUUAUUUUCUGUAAAUUGUAGAGCUCUAAUGUGCACGUGAAGCUGCUCUGGAUUGUAAAGGUUUCCCAGUCAGUUCAGUGGCAGGGCAGCAGCAUGGUGUAUGUAGGUAAAAAUGUUGCAUUUGUAAGCAUUUCCCCUGUCACUGAAGUUGUUUAGAAACCUUUGAAAGAAGGAAGAAGUCUAUGCAUAUUGGACUGUUUGUGGAACUGUAGAUCAGAAUACCUCUUAUUCAAAUACGGGGGGGGGCACAAUGACCAAAUAAAACAAUCUCAUUCUAUUUUUAAGUCCAUAUAACUAGAUUUAUCCUAUGUACUUACUUGCUGCAUUGAUUAUUUCACACAGAAUACUGAACUAUUUCUGGCUCAUUCCUGCUUUGCUAGUAAGUAAGUGUUUUGGAUAGAUUUUACUGGUCCAUUGCAGCAUUGUCAGCUAUGAAGUUAGUGACCACUGUUAGAACCUUUAAGCCAGUACCAUUUUUCUUUUUUUAAAUCCAGGACUAAUGGGUCAAUCCUUAAUAGAUUUACUUAGAAUUAAUUUUACCAAGAUCAAUGGGUUUAUAUCUCAGAAAGUGUGUUUAGCCUAAUGGUGCUUCCACAUGAGACACUUGCGCGCGCGCGCACACACACACUUCCUUUGUCUGUGUAACAGCAUCACUCCAAUCUGCAUUAUUUAUUUUCAGAAGUUAACAUUUUCAUAUUCUUAGAAACAGCAUGCCAAAGCUGUGCCUCCAAGGCAAGAGUCCAGCUGCCAUUUUUUUAUGGAUGGAAUCAGCAAGCAGUAAUGUAAAGACACCAAAUGUUCACAGAAAUAGAACAGAUUGGUUGCAAAUAUUAAACAUAGUUUUAAGGACUGCCAUUUGGAUUUAAAAUGUUGUUUUAUCCAUUAUGAAUUACAUUAUCUAUGUUCAGCUUUCCCUUAAAGUGUGCGGGAGACAAAGAGGAGUCUUUAGACAUGUUAAGAGACAUCUUAAGUGUUGCUUAAAUCCCCAGCAAGAGAUAUUCUGCAUACCACAGAAACUGAAGUGGUAAG